CCUCGCAAAGAUCUGUACGCUGUACUCAAGAUCUCCCGUAGCGCUACGACCGACGAUAUCAAGAAGGCAUAUCGCGCUCUGAGCCUAAAGUGGCAUCCUGAUCGCUGCGCGAGCGAGGAUCGCGCAAAGGCCACGAAGAAAAUGGCCGAGAUCAACCAGGCAAAGGAGAUCUUGUGCGAUCAGGGAAAGAAAGAGUACUAUGAUCACUUCGGUCUG